UGGUGACUGAAUAUAGUAAAAUAAAAAGGAACCGAAUAUGACUACUGGACCAAGCGACAGGUAUUUUUCCAUGUAGUAAAAUCUAACAUAAAAACAGCUGUGCUACGUAAAUAAAAUAUAUUUUUUAUAUAAAAAGUGCGUACUUCAUACUAUUUUUUCUUUUUUUCUUUUUUUUUCUUCAAACCAGGUCUAAAAGCCCGAAGACGAAAACGAAUAAAGCAUUCUUGGUACUCCAUUACGAAAAGUUGUAAAGAAUUAAAAAACCAAAAUAUAUAUCAGUGGGAUAGACACGAUCAGGCUAUUUUUAAACAAGAAAAACUGAGAAAACCAUAAAAAUAGGUUUUUUUUUCACAAAUUCAGAACUCCGCCAAUGUAUGUACAAGUUGUAACACAGGCCUUCCGAGAAAUAUUAGUAAAAAACAUUCAGAUUACGUGGUCAAAGGAUGGACGCUGUCGGAUAAACGCUUAGACGUUUAUCCCUGUUUUUAUGCAUUUUUCAUCUAUUUCAACGCAAAAUAACGCCAUAGUAUGAAUAAACGAUUUGUAGAACAAUACAGUCAACUGUGAAAAUACGUUCGAAAACUUACGAUCGGAUCACUUGUUGAGCAAGUAUGCAUUAUGACAAGUGAUACACAAAAAAUGCAAUACGCAUUUGUGCGAAAACUUUCGCAUUUGUGCGAAAACUUAUCAGAAUAGUACGAUUAGAGUUCGAAGAUUAUUUCAUUACUUUUAAACCUAGAAGCGAUAUACUGAAAAACGGGAUUCUCGCUUAUAAGUCUUGUUAAAAAACAGGAAAUACUGAUUGUGGGUAUCAUAAAUGCGGAUUCUCCGAACUCUAUAGUUGGCAACGGGCUAAUCUUUCUGAACCUGACUUUGUCUUGCAUGAUGGACCGCCCUAUGCCAAUGGGAAUCUACACAUGGGUCAUGCCAUAAAUAAAAUACUCAAAGAUAUAACAAUUAGGAGCAAGAUUAUUCGUGGACAGAGAGUGCAUUUUAGACCAGGUUGGGACUGUCAUGGCCUUCCCAUUGAAAUGAAGGCUUUGAUUUCAUUGAAAGAAAGUGCAAUGAAUUUGACGUCUGUUGAAAUUCGGCAAAAGGCUCAAAAAUAUGCAAACGAAGCUAUUUCACAGCAACGGGAUGUAUUUAUGUCAUGGGGUAUUAUGGCAGAUUGGAAAGAAUCUGGUUGUUACUUUACACACCAUACGUCGUAUGUUAUAAAUCAGUUACGCCAAUUCAUAACCUUGUACGAAAAAGGCCUUGUAAACAGGGAUUUUAAACCAGUUUAUUGGUCACCGUCAUCAAGAACAGCCCUGGCAGAAUCUGAGUUAGAAUACAAUGAGCAACAUGUAAGUAAAAGUGCUACCAUCAGGCUGCUUUUGGAUGUUCUACCUCCAGCUUUGGAAUCAUUGAAAGGUCACCCAGUCUAUGCCCUUAUAUGGACAACCACUCCUUGGACAUUGGUGGCCAAUGAAGCCAUUGCAUUUGCCGAAGAUGUCAAGUAUUGUGUUGCAGAGGAUAGUGAGAUGAAUUUUUAUAUUGUUGCCGAAAAUUUACUGCAUAAAAUUCAAGAAAAAAUCGGAAUUCUAAAGCCAUCAAUAACGAUAACAGGAACUGAGCUUCGUGGAGGAAGAUAUCUACAACCAAUAACAGGUUUAAGUUCACCAUUUGUACCAGGAAGUCACGUUACAACCGCAAAGGGAACGGGCUUAGUUCACAUAGCCCCAGGGCAUGGAAUGGACGAUUUUCUUAUUGGUUUAGCAAACAAAUUACCCGUGUUAUCGCUUGUGGACGAAAAUGGUUGCUAUACCGCCGAUGCAGGUCCUGACCUUGUUGGCCUAAAUGUCUUAAAUGAAGGCGGCAAAGCCAUCUUGAAUAAAAUACAAAGUAACGUGGUCCACACUGAAAACUAUCAACAUAGCUAUCCAUAUGACUGGCGUACUAAAGAGCCAGUUAUUGUAAAAGCUAGCAAACAAUGGUUUAUUAAUACCAGUGCUCUUAAACAGCAGGCACUAGAUUCUCUGCAAAAUGUAUCGGUGUACCCAGUAUGUAAUAGUGCAUCUUCUACCAAUAGUUUGACACAACAAGUGAAGAUGAGACCUUAUUGGUGUAUCUCGCGUCAGAGGGUAUGGGGAACACCAAUACCAGUUUUAUAUUACAGAGAUACUGGCGAUAUAAUUACAAAUAGAGAUUGGAACGAAAGAUUGUGUCACUUGAUGCAAAAAUAUGGUCUUGAUUGCUGGUGGGAAUUACCUAUUGAAAAAUUAGCUGGUAAAAAACUCUUACGGGAACUUGAAGUUGAUGCUUCUGAGUUGGAGAGAGGCCAGGAUAUUUUAGAUAUUUGGUUUGACAGUGGCAUAUCUUGGUCCACAGUAUUACCUGAUGGAAAAGCUGACCUGUACCUAGAGGGAAUCGAUCAAUUUACUGGCUGGUUUCAAUCGUCCUUACUGACAUCCAUAGCGCUUCAAGGUGCUGCUCCCUACAAGUCUUUAUUUGCACAUGGAUUUGCAGUAGAUGACAAAGGUCAUAAAAUGUCGAAAUCACUGGGGAAUGUGAUUGAUCCUGAAGAAGUUACUCGGGGUGGUGAAGAUCUAAAGAAAAAGCCAGCUUAUGGUGUAGAUACUUUACGCUGGUGGGUAGCAAGCCAUGGCACUCAACAUACGCUAGUUCCUGUUACGGAGAAGUUGUUGAAGGGAAGCGCAGAGUCCGUUCAAAAACUCAGAUUGAUAUUUCGUUUUCUCUUAGGUGCUCUGCAUCCAUAUCCUUGUGAUACUCCUAUAGAACCGGAAUACCAUUAUCUUGAUAAAUAUUUGUUACAUCAACUUUAUCAUUACGAUAAACGGAUUGAAACAUUAUAUAGUAAUUACGAAUACCACAAUGCCUGCAGAGUUAUUAUACAUUUUGUGGCAAAUACAGUAUCAGCAUUAUACUGUCAUUUAAUUAAAGACAGGUUGUAUUGCAAUAGCAUAAAUUCAUCUCAUCGAGCUGGCGCUGUGGAUGUUAUCAGCGAAAUACUGGCUGUUUUAACAAGAUCGUUAGCCCCAAUACUUCCGCAUUUAGCAGAAGAGGUCUGGUUACACCAUCCUGAUAAUCUCGCCUCUGUGCCCCUAUUUCAUAGUGCGCACAAUUUACCAAAAGACUGGGACCAACCGAGCAUAGCUAAGGUGAUAGAAAAUGCGUUAGACAUAAAAGCUGCAAUUACUAAACUUGCAACAAUCAACACCUGGGAAUUGGCAGCUACGAUUACGCUGAAUCCAGCACAGUAUUCCAUAGUCACGGCUUUGCAGAAAGAUGAAAGUUCUACGACAUCUCAACUGUGUGAGUUAUUCCAACUUUCUGCAAUUACCUUAAUAGCAAAAGAUGGUAUCGAAGAUGCAGUAAUAGAUUUAAAACCAAUCGAAAAAUCACUGUGCGCACGCUGUUAUCGGUAUCCAGAACCACAACCAGGCAAACUUUGUGCUCGUUGCGAUGAUAUUAUAAGUCACCUUUCAACAUAACUAAAAUAAAUUACAUCAAAUGUUUAUAAUUUUUGUAUAUAAAUAUACAGCAUAUGAAAAAAUAGUCGACUUAUUGUGAAAAGGCUUUGCUGUUUCUACAGAACAAUAAUUACAUUCAAUAUCCUUUUCACAACGAGUUGGCUAAUUCUAGUCAUUGUAAGAAAUUUAAUAAAUACUCGCUUCUUUUAACAUUUGUUUUAUUUAGGGACAGUAUUACAAGAAACAUUUACAUGCAGCUGGACAAAUCGUGAUUUAAGCGAAUUUAAACAUGAUCGAUGAUAAUUUUUAUACUUCAAAGAAGAAUAGUUAUUACGUACACACAUUGCGUGAGAUUUAUGUAACAAUUCUAACAACGUAUCAAUUAUUUAUUAGCAUCUGCCUCACCACAAUAUCCAUAAUAAAUGUUCAAGAUCGUAUUACUGAAAUACAAUUAUGAAUUGCCCUAUUUUUCAAUAUUAUUGAGUAUUUUUGUUCACUAUACAAAAAUAAUUCAAAUAUUGUAUUAUACAAGCCCAAGUUAACACAAAACCAAUCCUAGUUAUGAGUCAUUUAUCAUGUAAAAUUGAAGCUUGGACAACAUUUACAUAUUCGAAAAACUGAUUCAUAAAAAAAUAGAGUCUGAUAUUUUAUGUUUCGAUACUACUUAUGAUGUGAUUCAUCAUUACUAAGCUCUGCUUUAGCUGCUUACUAAAAUAAUUUGGCUCAAAGCGAGGUGGUUUCAAAAUAUAAGAACAAAUUUUUUUUUCGUCCAUACAUGCAGUUCGGGAAAUUUCAGAAUUCUCAAUAAGAAUAUUAACUCAAUUUGCGAUGCAGUUAUGAAUAUCAAAUAUUUUUUGUAUAGGGCUUGAAAUACCUGCGUAAGGUUAGGUUUGCAAACGACAAUUUCAGCUACGUCAAAUAAUUUCAUGCAAGUAAGGAAGAAAUUGCUAAAUAAUUGAAUGCCUAUUUUUCCAACUUAUGUUCACAGGAAUUGCAUUCAUCUUGCGCCUAGUAACUUUGUAAAGCGUACAUAUAUUUCUGAUUUUUCUAUUUUGGCCAGCUACCAACAAUAGAAUACAAGUUUAACUUUAACAAGACCUUAUAUUACUAAAAGCUAACUUAGUCAACAAGCUAUGCAUCCAUAUACAUUCUUUAAUAAUUCUCAACAACAGUGACAAUUCCUAUUUGUUAAAUAAGUAUUGUUUCAUACUGAAAUUUUUAGACGUAAUUCGUGUUCAACUAUUAUUGAGAAAAUGCUACAUUAAAUAUUGAAGAAGCACCAUCGCACACAUAACUGUCUAGUAACUACAAUUUUAACAGUGCUGCACUUUCAUUCAAACAUAAUUAUUCACCAACAACAGGCCAAGAAAUUAUAAUAAGUUCAACAUAAAAUAUGCACUUUGCUAAAAAAAUAUGGUUAAAGUAAUGUUAAUUUAACUAAUAAGUAGGGGAAAAAUGCAGCCCGCACUGCAACCGUGACAGAUUUACCUUCAGUUGAGUUAGUGUUAUGAUCUUUGGACCUUGCAAAGAUUACAUACUUAGUAUUAAAUCAAUGUAAUUAUUAAUUGCCAUCGAAAACUGGGAAGCGUCACAGCACAAUUCACCAUGCACUAUGUGAAACGAUAUCUCUGUUUUCUUGAAGAGCUGAACAGAGAGAAACGUUUGUACCGAGAGCUGAUCUACCUCUAGUCAUAUAUUCACUACAAUGUAUCUGUUGUUCUCUGAGCUGUCCUACACUUAGGCAAACUCGUACAGCCGGAUAGGAAGUCGCCAAGACACCGCACAGCGGAUUCUGACAGAUGUAAAUAAUUUUUAUAAUCAAGUACAAUGUCAAAAACAAAAUUUAAAUUGCACGCUUUACGUUUAAAUUGCCUUAUAUCAAAAAAAUUCACCUUUGGAUCACAGAUCUUCAGAAGUCUGACUGCUUUCCCACAUUGCAGUAUAGAAUCCGUUAGUUCUCCUAAGAAGCCAGGUACUGAUUUAUGGUUUAUUAAGAAACCCUUUGUCCAAAACCUAUGUCCCCGUUGCCUCAGGUACUGCGGCUUUACUUUGAUCAUAAAUUCUCCGUAUAUAUCAUCACAGACACCUUCAAAUAACCACUUUUGCAGAAACC